UAGUGUUGUUUUGCCAAGAGGAAGAGAGACUAGUAGAAACCGGUUGGCCGUAGCUUUCGUCAGAUCAUCGAUCGAAUGGCGUCUUGUUCGUCUCUCACCGUUGUCACCCUGCCGUCCGCCGCCGGGCCGACGACCAGUCGGCCGCGCGCGUCAGCGACCUUGCGUCUGACGGCGAAUAGCGGCCACCGCGUCUCUGGCACCGUGCGGUGCAGCGCCGCGCCGGGCGGCCUCGGGAUCCCGGGGAAGCUGGCGGAGCUCUGGCAGGCGGCGAGGGCCGCGCCUCCGGGGACCGUGGUCGCCGCCGUGGCUGCAGCGGCGGUGGUCUACAAGGUGGCGUCCGGCCUCCUCGCUCCGCCGACUCCGCCGCCGCAGCGACGGGUGCAGGUAGCUGAGGAGGCGCUGCCCCCAGCUCCCGAGCCAGUGCAGGUGGGCGAGAUCACGGCGGACGAGCUGCGGCAGUACGACGGGUCUGACCCUGAGAAGCCGCUGCUGAUGGCCAUCAAGGGCCAGAUCUACGACAUCUCACAGAGCAGAAUGUUCUAUGGGCCUGGUGGACCAUAUGCAUUGUUUGCUGGUAGAGAUGCCAGUAGGGCAUUGGCGAAGAUGUCCUUUGAGCCUCAAGAUCUGACAGGUGAUGUAUCUGGCCUCGGUCCAUUUGAGCUCAGCGCCUUGCAAGACUGGGAGUACAAGUUCAUCAGCAAGUAUGUGAAGGUAGGGAGCAUCAAAACAACAGGACCCGUAGAAGAGGCCAGUGCUAGCACUACCUCUGAAAUACAGGAGGAAGCUCCUGCUGUAAAAUUGAAUGGAGAAAAAGCACCUUGAGACACCAAUAGAUAUAAUUGAUUCUGAAGUUUGACGAGAAAGAAAGAAGUGGAGGUCACUGCUGAUGAAGGCUCCGAAGGGGGCAACUGGAUGCUCUCCUAGCUGAUACAGUGAAGCUACAUGCAUCUGGACUGGAAUUGACAGAUCUGCUGUCACUUUGUGUAAUUAGAAACUUGAGAGUACUAUCAAUCAUGGGUUGACGAGAUAAUAUUGUUGAUUUUCCUUGUCAAGAACAUGCUGCCAUGUUAUUAGUUGGAUGUGUUGAUGGUCAA